AUGGCGGCCGAACGCCCGGAGCAGGCAAAGUUUCCCUACUUCUCUUCCUCCCCCAGCUUCGGAAGAGCACCCGUCGAGUACGACAAGAAGUCGUGCGAUGGCCCCGACUCCCCUACCUUCGGCGGCGCUCACCGCGUGGAGCCACCGCUUCCGCCGGUCAAAUCCGCUUCCCACGGCAACGAGGAAGACUACGACGCUUCCAGCGAUGACUUCGAGUUUUCCAUCGAAUUGAAAAGUGCUGCUGGGUUUUCCUCCGUCGAUGCCGACGAGAUCUUCUCCGGCGGGCGGAUGCUCCCCGUGUACCCUGUCUUCAAUCGCGACCUCAUCUGCCGCGGCCCGGCGGAAUCGAAGGAGAGCGAGAAGGCUGACCCGAUCCCCAUCCAGGAGCUUCUGAUCGAGGAGAAGGAGGCGGCCUCGGAGGAGCCCUCUCCGCCUCCACCGGUCCGAUGCAAGAAGAGCGCCUCCACCGGGGCGCUGAGGAGCCUGCUCCGGAACUUGACGAUAGGUCGGAGCCACAGCGACGGGAAGGAGAAGUUCGUGUUCAUCGAAGCGUCUCGGCCGGAGUCGCCGUCAGCCUCAUCGUCGGGGCCAGCAAAGAAGAAGGCCCCUAACAAGAGCGCGAAGAAGGGGCCGCGGACGGCGGAGGGAGAUGUGGUCACCGCUCACCGUCCUUUGUACGGCAAGGGAUUAAACGACAAGGCGGUGAAGGGACCGCGACGGUCAUUCUUACCGUACAGGCAGGAGCUAUUGGGGCUCUUCGCUCCGGUGAAUGCUUUUGCCCAUAAUUCCAAUAAAAGAAAUUCCUAUUAUUAA